AUGUUACUGGAAAAUGAUGCUGAUAAAGCCGAGAAAAUAGAUGAAUGCAUUGCUUUCUAUACGAAAUUCGUGCAGUCAAAAUACAAACAGUUUGACCCGAGUGAUGACACCGACGAUGAAGAAGAAAGUGAAACUUUCAGUGUAAUUACAUCUAAACCGGUUACUCAUCCACACGUAUCUUUACUUCUUACUGAAGAUUUAAUUUCAUCAUAUUACAAUUUAUAUCAACAAUUUCAAACAUCAAUUCCAUCAGAUGAAAAAUUAACACAACAAGAACAACUUCAAAGUUUACUCAAUAUAGAAUGGAAGAAAAUCGACAUUUCAGAAUUAAAACAUGAUUAUGAUCAGCUCAAACGAGAACAUCAAUCAGUGAAUUGCAACAUACUCAACUCGAAUCAGAUUGAUUUAGAAAAGAAAAUAGAUAACUAG